CCUAACUUGAUAUGGGCAGUUCUUUUCCAGAAUGGAAGCACCAAUGUCUUCUGAUCAUGAAGUCCACUCUAGUCCAGAGGAACAUGUAGAAGUUGAAGUGUCUGUUUUCCAGAUAGAAAGGGAAGAACCCGAAGAUGCAAUAAUACGAAUUAGACUGGGUAAUCGACUACGGCAACGAAGGCGACGGCAACGUCUUCGCGCUGCUAGAGCUGGCACUGAGAGAGCGGAGCCUCUACAAGCUGCAUGUCCAUUACAGGCUGUUGGGAAUGAAACUGAGCAACCAGAAAAUCAUUCAGCGAUUUCACAGUUGAGUCAGGAAGAGCAACAGGAAAGUCUUUCUAAUGGUCACACUGCUGAGUCUUCUGCUGUUGAGGAUUCUGAUGAUCAACUGGCAAGAAGUAGAGAGGCUGCUAGAUUAAGUGAGUUUGAGCGAAUCCUAAGACGUAGAGAGACUAUACGAUUGAGCCAACAAAGGCGAAGAGAGCGUCUUCGUAACAUGAGUCGAAGUCUUGAGGAAUCUCCUGAUCCACUUGCAAGAUGUCGAAAUAUGAUCCUCGGCUUUCGGGUGUCUGAGCUUCAGGUACUCUUGGGGUUUGCAGGGCGCAACAAAAGUGGGCUGAAACAUGAAUUGGUGUCGCGUGCAUUACAGCUGGUAAGGACCAACUGCUCUUCAGAGAUUUUAAAGAAGAUCCAAGACUUGCAUGCGCAUCGCUACAGUACAAGGUCCACAAAUGCACAAUGUCAGCAACUUCCGCCUGCUCCAACAUUUCCUUUACAUUCUUCAGAGGCAGCCUUGAAUGCCAGAACAUCCGUUCCAAUUUGUCACACGGGAAAAGCUGAUACAAAAUCCAAAAUGAGGCUAACAAAAUUGCCUUUCUACGAAAUACUAGAUGAUCUGAUGAAACCUACAGAUCUAGUCCCAACCACCAGUGAGAGGAUUCAAGAGAAUCAGUUCAGUUUUACGUUAACUGAUAAACAGAGAGAGCAGAUAAUCUCUGGAUGUUCAAAGAAUGGUGUACAGUCAAUUCAAGUGCAGUUAAGGAUUUGCCAUUCAGAUACAGAAUUUAUUCAAGAAGACCAGUAUCCUCCCUACCUGUCAAUAAAAGUAAACUCAAGAGUGUGUCCUUUUACGAGUUACUUUUCAUCAAAUAAACCUGGAGUAGAACCGAAAAGGCCAUGUCGACCCAUUGAUAUCACACCACUACUCAAUUUGACAUCUCGUGGAGCUAACUAUUUAAAUAUAUUUUGGGGACAUUUUGCCAAGCGGUAUUCUGUGGUUUUGUACCUGGUAAAGCAACACAUUGUAGCAGAAUUACUGCACAAACUUCAGGCAAAUGAAACUAGAGCUUCUGAAAUUUCCAGGGAAUUAAUUCGAAAAAAGCUUCGACUGGAACCCGACAAUGAUGUUACCACCACAGGCCUCCGUGUUUCUCUUAUGUGUAGUCUUGGCAAGAUGCGGCUUUCGGUUCCCUGUCGUGGUAUUACCUGCACACACUUACAGUGUUUUGAUGCAGUGCUUUAUAUCCAGAUGAAUGAGAAAAAGCCUACGUGGAUGUGUCCUGUUUGCGACAAGCCAGCUCCUUAUGAACUGUUAUUUGUAGACCAGCUGUUUUUAGAUAUUCUAAAGGAGUGUGAAGAUGCCACUGAGGUUCAAUUUAAGGAUGAUGGCAGCUGGACACCAAUAAAACCAGAGAAACAGCCUCAGAAGAACUCUGGCCCUAAAUACUCAGUAGUGGAAUUAGAAGACACUGGCAACAAUCAGUUCAGUAAUCCUGCAAACAGCAAGAGUGACAUGGAUGUUAUUGACCUGACUAUAGACUGUUGAUUUCAAGGGUCAUAUGCUCAAAAACGAAUGUUACUGUGAAUGCUGGAGAGAAUUCACUACCAAGCGUGCAGGACACAACAUGGAAAGACCUGUUGAAAGAAGUCUACCUCUAGCAUUGCAGGCUUUAGUUCCUCUGAGCCCCUCCAGCCAUGUCUACCUCCUGAAAGAACUGGUACAAUAGAGGAUAACUAUUAAUCUGUUUGGAGAAGUGAUACUCCUGAGGAGUUCGUGUGGAUGUAAAGGACCAAUGCAUAGUUCAUGAACUAUCUGGAGAAAUAAAGACAGCACAAAGUAAUAGAGGAUUGCUUAUAAAUUCUGCUGUAUUGACUACUGAGUUGGCCUUGAUCCCUAGUCAAGUCCCAUGUCCUCAGAAUGAAAUAUGGGGGGAAAAAUGGCCAGUUUAACUGGCCUCUUUGUUUUUCCUUUUUGUUUCCUUUUAAGUACAAAUGUCCAUGUCAAAGAAGCCUGAGAGUUUGUAUGCCGAAUUCUAGAGCUAUAACAAUCUUAUAGACUAGAUUGAUUAUGCCAUCCAAGCUCCAUCUCUGUUUAAUUUUUUUAAACUCCUAUCAACAAAUAUAUUGUUAGUACUCAUGGAGGCAGUUGAACUAAAUGUAAGGGAGCACUGUUAAUUGCAAUUCUCUUCUAUGUACUUUUGUUAAAAUGGAUCGCUUGAGCAGUACAUUGUUUUAUAGGUACAGAAUGGGUCAUCUGCUUAGUUUCUUCCCAUCCUUACCCCACUCCCAAAUAUAGUGGGGCUCCAGAGAAGUAUAAAGCAGAAAUAAGGUGCAUCCUCAACAGGAAGAGAAUCUUGAAAGAUGGAUAUUUGUGCAUUUGGAAAUCUCAAAGUGGCCAACUCAACAGAGACUUUGGGAUAUAUAUCUGCUCCCACUUUGUGUCAGGUGAACAAUAAUGAAAAGCAAAAGCUGCAAAGAAUAUCCAUAUUCAAUCCAUUUAGCUUUUUUCUAAAACGGGGUCUGGAUCCUGAGGCUCAGUUGGUUUUCGGAGUAGAGCUCUGGCACCUGUGCUGUGGCCAUAUUUAUUUUUGUUUUGGCUUAUUUUCCUCCUGUAUAUUUUUCUCUUGCUCUAUUUUUCCAGACCUAGCAGUGUCUGCUUUAACCUUUGAAAUCAAACAGAUCAGCAGGUGGAUUCUGCCACUGCUGCUCCUUUACCCUUCAACUGAGAGGCACUCAAGCUAUGCAGGGAAAGUGUUCAGUUUUCCUUUUCUCCCCUGGAGACUGGAAACAUUGAUGAUUGGGAAGCCAAAUGCAAAUUCUAGUCAAGCCUGGGAUUCAACUUAAUUGAGCCCAGUGCUCUGGUGCUGUAGCUACUGAGAUACCACUUGCUUAACAAUUGUUAUUUGCUUUCUUUUAAAAUUAUUGCUGUACAAAGUUGUACAUAUCUGCACAUAGUUUAUUUAGUUUAGUUUUUUAACACUUAAGUUGGUCAUGAUGUUGCAAUUCAGGAUCUCAAAUUAUGAAAACCAAAUAGGUUAAAGCACUGAGCAGAUAUGUGGAUUUUUUUUAUAUAUAUAUUUCAGUCCCACCACUGAUUUCUAAUGGUUAGUAAUUACUGUGAUAUGGAAAGGUUGUACAUUUUUAACAAUUCCAAAUUGCCCCCAUUGAUGCCACAUACUGUUUCUGGCAUUAAAUUUAGACUUGGUGUGUAAAGAUUCUGAAGGAGAAUAGCUUGGGUUAAUAUCAGUUUUUGUCUGCUCCAUUUCCUUCAUAUUGCCGCAUUCUGAUAUUCUUGAUUCUGACAUCAUUUUUCUGUGUUGAAAACCCAAAUGAUUUCAGAUGCUUUCACGAAAAAAAUGUUUUCCCUGUCAUCUGAUUAUUGAAAUGAAAAUAUUGUCAAGAAGAUUGGUAUUUGCAAUUGCAAUGUUUUUACACCAUGAUUUCCAAGUCUCUAUCAAUGUUUAUGCUCUAGACGCUAACAUUAAAGUAAGGAUUUGGAUCAGUAA